AUGCCCGCGGGCCUCUCGCAGCCGGCCGGCGCCGCUCCCUCAGCUGCUGUGAACGCGGCCGGCGCCGGCGCCGGCACCAUGGUCCCUGCCGGGCUUCUGCCGGUGCGCGUGGAGAACGCCCCGGGGGCCCUGGGCGCCGUGACUAAGGCUUCUGUCACCGUCUGCGUGGGGUCCACGGCGUCCCAGCCCCGGCUGCAGGCGGCCCCCGUGGGGACCCUGGGGACCGAAGUUGUCACGGUCAGUGCCGUGCCUAAACUCAGCAGCAGCCCCCGGGCGGCCGCUCCUCAGAUGGUCGCCGCCGCCAAAGCCCCGAGCACAACCAUCCUGUUGCCUGCGAAUUUCCAGCUUCCUCCAGGAACAGUUAUGAUAAAAAAUAACAGUGGUCAGUUGAUGUUGGUAUCUCCUCAGCAAGCUUUAACCAGAGCUGACACUACUAGUAACAUAGCUUCAAGGCCAGCGGUAACAGCGAACACCCACGUGAUCAAAACCUGUACAGCACCGAGUCCUAGCUCACAAUUAAUCAAGAAAGUAGCUGUGGUACCUGCUAAAAAAAUGGCCCCACUCGGGACUACUGUGGUAUCCAGUGUUCCGAAGCCUUCCUCAGUACAAUCUGUGCCUGUGACAACCAGUGUUGUUACCAUUACUCCUGUGAAACCACUGACUACUGUAACUACACUGAAGCCUUCAAGUUUUGGGGUGUCACCCACCCCCUCCAUUGAGUCCAGCGUCAAAAUGGAGAACUCAGCAGUUGCUCAGACCAGUCUUUCCCCGACGAUGCUUGAAAAUGUGAAUAAAUGCAAGAACUUCCUUGCGAUGUUAAUAAAAUUAGCAUGUAGUGGAUCACAGUCCCCAGAUAUGGGAAAGAAUGUGAAGAAAUUGGUGGAACAACUUUUGGAUGCAAAAAUUGAUGCAGAAGAAUUUACUAGGAGAUUGUAUGUUGAACUCAAGUCUUCACCUCAACCUCAUCUAGUUCCUUUUCUUAAGAAAAGUGUGGCUGCCCUGCGACAACUGAUGCCAAACUCUCAGAGCUUCAUUCAGCAGUGUGUUCAGCAGACUCCUAGUGAAGUAGUCGUUGCUACCUGUGCUACCACAGUAACUACUCCUGUGGUGACAACAGCAGCCUCCUCAGCCCCGUCAGAGAAGACUGUUACUAUUUCUGGAGUAACUGCCCCCAGCACUGUGUCAGUGCACACUCAGAAUCCACUUGCUGGCCCCGGUGGAGCAGCUGCUGGAGUUGUCGCGCUUUGCUCGGUGGGCCCUGCUGCUGUACCUGGAGGAACAACAGCUGGAACUGUCUUCCUUCAGACUUCAAAACCACUUGUGACUUCGUUACCAACUACAGGGACAACAGUCUCACUGCAACCUGGAAAGCCAGCUGUGUCUGGAGCAGCAGUAUCGCUGGCCCUUCCAACAGUAAAUUUUGGAGAUGUUUCCGCUGCAACUAUCCGUCUUCCUUCUGUGAAACCUGUUGUUACUCUUCCCGGGGCCACGUUUAACAAGCCUGUCCAAAUCAGAUUUGCCCAGCCGAGCUCCAGCCUCUCACAGCUGCCUGCUGCUCCACAGGCAGUUAAAGUCAAACAACUAGUAGUCCAGCCGUCUUCAGGAGGGAACUCAAAACAAGUGACUGCACUUGCCCACUCUGCAGCAUUGACCGUUCAGAAAUCCGAACAAAAGAAGAUGCCUGUGGGUGCUGUCAUAGCGACCAGUCAGAUUUCUCCAGCUUCCAUUCUAAAGCAAAUUACUCUGCCAGGAAAUAAAAUUCUAUCACUCCAAGCAUCUUCUAUUCAGAAAAAUAAAAUAAAAGAGAACGGAACAACAUCCUUCAGAGAUGUCGAUGACAUCAAUGAUGUGACUUCCAUGGCCGGAGUCGACCUCAGUGAAGAACAUGCCAGCAUCUCAGCAACAGACUCUGAAUGGGUCGGCACCCUUGUUCGCUCAUGUAAAGGCGAACCAUUUCUUUUCACUGGAGCGCUGCAAAAGAGAAUUUUGGACAUUGGUAAAAAGCAUAACAUUACGGAACUUGACUCUGAUGCUGUGAACUUGAUCUCCUGUGCGACACAGGAGCGAUUACGAGGCCUUCUAGAAAAACUGACUGCCAUCGCUCACCAUCGGAUAACGACUUAUAAGACAAGUGAAAAUUACAUCCUGUCUAGUGAUACCAGGUCUCAGCUCAAGUUUCUCGAAAAGCUGGAUCAACUGGAGAAGCACAGAAAAGAUUUAGAAGAGAGAGAAAUGUUAUUUAAAGCAGCCAAGAGUCGUUCCAAUAAAGAAGAUCCAGAACAGCUGAGAUUAAAGCAGAAAGCCAAAGAGUUACAGCAGUUGGAGCUCGCACAGAUACAGCACAGAGAUGCCAACCUCACAGCUCUCGCAGCUAUUGGACCAAGGAAAAAGAGACCAUUUGAAGCUGGAAGUGAGGGUCUCAAAGACAACGUUACUGCUUCUGGGACACCCAGCCUGACAGCCACCAAACAGUUGCUUCGUCCAAGAAUCACGAGAGUUUGCCUCAGGGACUUGAUAUUCUGCAUGGAGCAGGAGAGGGAGAUGAAGUACUCGCAGACUCUGUACCUGGCCCUUCUGAAGUGACACUCCGCUCUCUUGCAGAGCCUCCAUGCUGUUUACUGCCAAAGACGUGAAAAAGAGCACUGUUGCACUCUCGUGAAACACCCAUUUUGGGGAAAUAAUCGCCAAUAUGGGAGGCCAUUGUUUACAGUUUCAGAUUUACUAAUCUUGGGCCAUUACCCCCUGGGGUUCCUGAUGACCAGGAUUCAGCUUUGCCUUGUCAAAAUCAAUGGCGCCCUGUCUGUUUCGACCUGCUUCAUUUGCUGUAAGGUUGUAGCCUGUAAGGUUUCUUUGAGACCAGUCUAAUUCAGGUUUCAUUGGGGAAAGAAAGGAAGAGUCACAUUGCCCUAAGAAAAGUGUGUUUAAAUUCCUGUACUCACUCUGUCUCCUGGGCUAGGUUAGGUGGUCUGGCUUGGGAACAAAAUCUGCUUAGCUAACUAUGGCAGUCGCUUAAAGUUGUAGGUAGCAAGUUAGAAAGCAAGGCCCACGAUGGGUUGGCUACGUGAGCCCUGUGGUGUCAGAACGGAGACAAAUGGAGAUCAUUUGUGCCUGGGGUUGCUAUUCUCUGGUUCAUCUCAACCAUGAUACCAAGUGAGGGGACAUCCUUGUCAGGGGAGCCUUAAAAUUGAAGCUGCUGAAAUAACAUGAUGAGAAAUGGAAAUGGUGGAGAGAAUGGGAAGGACGUGUGGGGCCUUGAGUUCAAAUUGAUGCAGGGAGAUGAAAACAGAGAUACAGCACAGACAGUCUGCCGCAUAUGCCCAGGACGGGCCUGGGGAGAGUGGGAAUGACAAAGCAACCUGAGAGUGUGUGUGUGUGUGUGUGUGUGUGUGUGUGUGUGUGUGUGUGUUGCAUUGCUGUUAUUGAAGAAAUGGGGAAAAUACUAAGGAAAGUGGAGCAAACCCUUUCAAAUACUCUUCUUUUAAAGGAAGAAGUUAUAUUUUAUUUGUAUUCUUUAAAUUCUAAGAAGUGUAAGGUUUUGUAAGUUACCUUUUCUUCCUUUUCUCAUAAAAGUUUACUCUAUGUUUAAAACAUCUCAGUGUAUUAAAAGUGACCAACUUGACGAGAAAUCUUUGGAAUUAGGAUUCCAUUUUGGAGUCUGUACUUCAAAGUGGAAUGUCAGCAUUUCACUUUGGGGGACCAUGGAAAGAUAGAUGUACUGUCAGAACGUGUUCUAUAUUCAUCUGAAGAGGAAGCUGCUGUUUUGCAAACCCUCAUUUUUCUUUAAAAAAAAAAAUCCCACUUGAAUGAAAAAAGAAUAGCUGUAGGUAGAAUAUAAACAUGCAGGGUAAGUAAAUCCUCUAACAAGUUUUAAAAAUGGGGAAGCUGUGCUUGUUAGACAUAGAUUGAGUGGCGCGCAAAGCCUGACGUAUAUAUUAUGCUUUAUUCUCUCCUCCCCAGUGGGGCUGUUAUGGCUAUAUUCUAUAUUACUCUUAAGUUCUGCAUCAGUCAAAAGUUUUGUUUUAGCAAGUUAUUACAUACAAUGCUGUAAAUUAUGUGUGAAGAGUAUUUUGAAGAGAUAAUAUACUCUGUUGGGUUUUAUAUAUUUAAAUGCUUAGCUUUAUUUUUUGUAAACUGCAGCAUAUCCUCAUAUUUGUGUAUAAUCUUAUUGAUCAGAUGUUUGAAAUUAUUUCAAAUACUUCAUUAAAAUAAUUAUUUUAUUAUAA